AUGAUCAUCAGGCUGCUCUACUUUGCAUCCGCUCGGACUGCGCUGGGCGGCGUGUCAUCCGAAGAGAUCGAGUUAGCCGUCAGCACGAAACUGAAGGAGCUGAGCUCCAUCUUGCUCGACCGACAUGCUGGCGUACGCCAAGAGCUGGCUGCAGUACUCGGUCAGAGUGCAUGGUGCGUCAAUGAGGAGAUCGUCCCCAGAGACGAAGAGGCGCAGCAUGAGCUCAAGCCGGGUGACACUGUCGCUGUCAUUCCGCCCGUCAGCGGAGGGUGA